AUGUCGAGGACAGAUGGUGUUACUUCAAACGUGGCCUGCACCCCACAGAAGGACGAGGCCGAGGCUGACGUGCCGAGGAACUGGCUGGCCAAUUGGCACCCGGGUGUCGAUAGAGUGGGAGUUCGUGUGGGUGUGGGUGUGGAAUCGUCCAAGUACCUGUACGAAGCCCGACGUCACUGUACCGUCGCCUCGGCUGAGUGGAACCCGGCCCAUGUCGGGUUCUACAUGAAGCCUCCAACGUCGAAAGUGUGGUACGAGAAGCCGAUUGCAUUGGAGAUGGAAGAUGGAGAUGUGACUCUGACACGGAGAGCCAAACAAGGUUCCGUCCGCUGUUGCUUUCAUCCAUGGAUCAUCUGCACGAGCCCACGAGCCCAAGGAUAG